GGAGUCGGGCGUGAAUCAGGUGCUGUGAACAGGGGACUGGGUUUUUCUCAUGUACUCGGCAAGCUAGGACAUCAAUAAUCCAAAUCUCCAAUUCUACGCCCAAUAACUUCCCCCAAAAAUCUAUGUGCAACAAAGAGCAUCUGCAAUCUUCGUCCCGUGUAUGAGCCGCUCUCAAUCGGCUCCCUCUCCAUCAUCACGACUAGAGCGACUACACGAUCUACGAACCUACGAACGAUUGAUACCCAUCACCUCAUGUAUUGACAUCUAAAGCAACAGCCUCACUCACCCACACCAACAUCAUGACUGAUUUCUACGGCCGUCCGUUACGCAGCAAUGGUGGGCCGGCAUCAGAAGGAUAUUUCGACGAUUCCACAAGCUACUACGCUGCAGAACCUAGAGACAACCCGUCCUUGCGUCGCGCAGAUUCUUCCAGCACACCAAGGCGUUCACCACCGAUAAACAACAAUAGGAUGGCUUCUGCUCCAAAUCCUGCUGCGCCCGAUGGAGUUUCCCCAGAUCUCAUAGCCGCGAUUACAGAGAAGGUCAAGAAAGAAUUGCUGGAGCACUUGAAGCAAACAGGCAGCAUCGAUGAUCAGACGAGAGCCCCUCCAAUGCAACGAGACCCAUCCAACAAAUCAAGCUCUACAUCAUCACCUCCUCCAACUGCUCGAAGGGUUUAUACGCCUCCAUCUCCAACAAUACCUGUCAAAACAAAUGCAGCACCAUAUGCUGCCGAGCCCAUAAGAUCGCCCCCACGCAGCCCACAGGAGAAAGCAUCUGGCGUGCGAUUCUCCGAUCGCGAGUUUUCCAGUCGUCCCACUGCUGGCAGAACAUACUCGACCACCGAAUUAUCCACAAUCGACCAAAAAUGGGGAAGACUAUUUGAUAGAGACGGCAAUGCAACAACGCGACUUGGACAAUUCUUGAGAGGCUUGGCGAAUCAUAUAAUUGACGAUUUUGAGCCAAAGAAGAGCAUCGUAGUGACGCCCGCCAAGAUGGCAACAUAUUAUGAAAACCAUGCUCUGGAUAAGGAGCCUCAUCCAUUAGCCACAAUCUUCAAAGCGCAACAGCAUGAACAUAUAUCUCGUCUGUAUCAAGAUAUCGGCUGUGAGCACCACUUGGUCCAGGAUGAUCCUCGGUCUGCACCAAUCGUCCCUUCUCUUACACCGGUGGGCUUUGCUCAAUGGAUGACUAUCCACAUAUUGGCAUACCCAGAGGAAGAAUCCAAACGUCUUAAUAAUGUGGUUCUUGCAAUGCCUAUCGAUGCUGAUGGAGACUUGGUUGAUGGAAAACCGGAGCGUCUUCCCAAGCAAAUAUCGAGAUAUCUCCUGCCAGAACGACCGGAUUCAAAAUCCAGAGAGCUACUCGAUGAGGCGAUAACCAACUUCAUGAACGAUCUUGGAUCGACAAGCCGGCGGAAACCAUCCAUCACAAGCCCUCCUCCGUUGAACAGACACUCGUCCACAUCUCAAACACGCAAGCGACCUGUUGAGAUUCAUCAAACUAAGACUUCUCCAACAUCUGCAAUACCCAAUCCUCUUGAGCGGGAGCGUAAGCCUUAUUCGGGUACUCCGGCAGCGUCUGAGUCUUCAAAUAAUGAAGAACCGGUUCAAAUUGAACGUGAACGUGCGCCUUAUACAGCUAAGGAAGGCGCUGGAAAGGUUUAUGGAGAGAGUAUUAGCAAUCGGGGUCCAUCCGAGCGAAACCCAUCCCAACGAGACCCAUCCAUUCAACUAGGCCGUGCAAAUUCUACAACCACUCGUAACACAACAAGAACGCAGGCCGAUAUGCCUGAACCACGCCAUAACAGGGCUCCGAGUAUUUCUAAUCAAUACAUGCCACCUCCUCGGUCAGGACCUCGUCGAACUAGCAGCCCUCCAAUAAAGAGCUUCAGCAACUCUACUCCUUUGGAUAUCCACAAUACCUCCAAAUAUGGACCAGAUCCUGCUUCUUCCUCUUCAUCGGGCUUCACGAACCAAUCCCAAUCCUUUAAUCCUGGUUCUUAUGGCUCUACUGGCUCCUUUCCUCCGCCUCCACCUCCAGUGGAUAUCCACAGACGAUCCAGAGAUGAACGUGGGUACCGCAGAGACACAGAUGACGAUCUGAGAUUCCCUGGAGAAUUCAACAGUCCACGAGAUGCAGAGAAAUGGGAUCGAUAUCAAGAUAUCCGAGGCGGAGAGCCAGACCGAUAUGAUGGACCCUACGAACGGCCACCAAGGCCCUCGAUACCCAUCGACCCGAGAGAAACCCGAGGUGCCCCACCAGAUGACUGGUACAGAGAGAAAGGCAGAGCAGCUGAAUACGAACCUUUCGGAAAUCGACGAUAUUGAUGCAAAGAUACACGAAGGAUAUUAAACAAUCGUUCUUAGUUUUCCUUUUUGAUGAUUGAUGAAUGAUACCUAAAUUAGCAAGCAUGCAUGCAAAGCAAGCGAUUUUUUUCGGAUUACAAUGUUCAGGAUACCAAAUACCAGUUAUCAGAUACGAGAUACCAAAGUCAGAGUUUUUCUGCUUCUUUUCUGUCUUUUGUCGUUGCACUUUAAACAAGCGUUGCUUUGGCAUUUGACGAAUUUACUUGUUGUGUUUUUUUAACAUCUUUGGGAGAUUGGAUGGAGUUUUGAAGACUGGGAAAAGGGGAUGGAGGACUUGGCUUUCUUUGUUGAAUCCUGGUCGGCAUGAAGUGUUGGAUAAAAGGAGAAGGACGAGAACGUUUCUUUUAAGUCACUCGCUGAUACUGAAUGAGCGAAGUGGGUGGUUGUAUUAUACUUAUCAGAAAAUUGACGAUACAAUGGGAUGG